GCAUUUAUCGUCAGAAGGGAAAGCUGAGUUACCGUGGAUGCCGCCCGACGUGAAGAGCGAUAGACUACCUGAUUAUCCCAGAGCAACCAAUGUAUUUCUACGAAAUCAGCGGACGGACAUUGUUACCAUGGAAUUCAGUGAAUGUGUUGGUAAAUGCGAAUGAACCACUGCAACACGGGAACGUCAUCAACGUUGCCUACAACGGUUUGAUCAUUGACGUCUACUGUACCGGACAGCGCUCCGUGUUCGUGGAAUUCGGGAAGGUGUUCGGCUCGUUUUCCAACGAGGAAGACUGGGACAACAGGUCCCGCCCAUUGCAUAACGGCGCUGACAAGCCACCCCUGCAAGCACUGCUCAGGGAACGCCCGGAUGGUCCAUGGGCGUGGCAUUCCGCUACUCUGCUAAUGCCGAUGUCCGAGUUCGAGCAUGCCGAUGAUUUCUUCUUCGUGGAAGUGCGUUUGGGUGGAGCAACGGUUCGCGAACUGGUUCUUUCCAGCCAGUUGCGGUAUCAACCAUCGGACGAAGACAUGCAACGGCGACUCAGUAAGCUCGGCGAUUUUGUCACACGUUCCGUUGCGCUGCCGGCCGGGUACUAGCAGUGUAUCACGCCGGCCCUUUCAGCAGCGUUUUCCCAAGAAAUCCACGAGCAUUUUGAGGCAAAACCUCUCAGCGUUCUCAGCGAUCGCAUUAUAUAUCUGCAGCGCCACAACGCCGAAGCAGUCGUGACUGAUGAAUUAGCGCAACGUUUUGAAAGAGCAAAGGAUUUUGCGGAAGAAUAUGUGCAAUGCGGCGUCAACUAUCGGCGCAGCUGGCAUCCACCGCUCACCGAAGGCUCCGAAACUAAACGCAAAACGCCAGCUGCAACAAGCGGACAAGGGAUUCCGAUGCCGCGAGAGCUUUUGGCAGAGAUCUUCCAGUCACUGGACACCAUCAGUCGUCUGCGGUGCCGACGCACCUGUUACGCAUGAGAGGCGAUCCUUACGUCACCCGAAGUAUACAGCAAGGUGCGGGUGUCGUUCGACCACCGCGUCUUUAAAUCGCAAUGGUUAAGCGAGGAUUUAGCGUAUUACGCAGUAUACAGCUGCGUCCUCAAGCAUUUUACACCGGCCACGCGCACCAUAUCCUUCGUCGACUACGACAAGGACUGGCCGAGUACUUGGGAUUGGGGUGGCGGUGUGAUUAGCUGCGUGCGGCAAAUGCUGGCCGAUUCUGGUCGGCGCAUUCAGCGAAUGAUUUUCUGUCAGCGUCGCAUUAGCACCGGAAAGAGCGUGGCCACAACAUUCGCAGAUAUUGCGGAAGCUUACCGCGAACUGGCAUCGUCUUGUGACAAGGUUAUCUAUAAAGAUGUCACGUUGGAGGACCAGUUCGUGCAGUCGUGUGUUCCGCACGCUGUUUUCGCUCUGAGCGCGUUUAAUGUGACACAACUUUGGAAUGUGUUUGAAGCGCAUCUGGAUGCUGGAGCGCCAGAUCUGGCGGUUCUGAAAGAGUGGAUAACGCGUGCGAGCGCGGGUGAGUGGAGACGCGCGGAACUUACGCGGCUAGACCAAGGCAGCACCACGAUCCAGAUUUUGCUCAACUGCCAAAGCGCUGAUCCCCGUCCAACGACCAAUUAUCGCGGCUGUUGGUGGACGGUAGAUGAAUUGUUGAGCGUCGAUGUGAAUCAACUGAGCCGUUUAACUUUGGCGGUAUUUGCAGCAAAAAAUGGAAACCCAAAGACUGCUACUUAUUGCCCAUCAUAAGCCGUAACGAUGAAUUUUUACAGCACUCUGCCGCGUUUCUGCUGCAACCGGCGAACGUUGAGCACUGCCGCGUUAACUGCGGCGAUGGCCCUAAGGAUUAUAAACCUGUUGUACUCUAUGCCGAAUUGUUACAGAAGACAUUUGUAGAGCGCUGUUGAUUCCAGCGGGAUCUUAGAAGAUUUGCGUUGAUUCACACGGCUAAGGAUGCCAAAAUAAAGCGAACCGUGUUGGCUCUUUGUUUUUGGGUUUCCCAGAUGUUGGCCAUGUAAAAAGUGUACCGUUUAAUCACCGGUACCUGCCUUUAAUUGAUAAUUGGUGAUGCUGGAACGGAUAAAUUCGGUUAUGAUCUG